UUACUAUUAUUAAUUCGUUAUGAAUCCUUAAAAAUAAUAAAGGGUUCAGAGCAUGUGAAAAUAACUUCUUUUUCGACGACCUAACUAAAACGGAUCGUCCCUAUACCUUGAUUACGCCAAAUGUCAGUUUGUUAACAAGUGAUAACAAGUAUUUAGAAUACAACAAAAGCUAAGCAUAAACUAUCGCGUCUCUCUUUUACACACAGACAAAUCUACAAUGCUGGUUUCUCAUUCUAAAAUUCCGGACGGAUGGGUCUGUCUUGUUGUCAUUUCUCACUUGUCAAUGUCAUUGUAAAUUUGAGUUCACACAUGUUUUGAACUGUUUUUUCGGCAAAAAUAUUUCAAUUGUAAGGAAUACAAUCAAGUCUGACUAAUAAAUCAAUAAAAAUGUCUGUAUUUACACGUACAGAUGUGACUGCAGUUAAGUUUUACAAGAACUAUGUGCUUGCCGGCAUUGGCAGCACAGUCAAUUUGUUCCAUAAAACAUCUACAAAGCUAUUACAACGCUUAUCUGGAUUGUACGGGCAGAAAAUAUAUGGUUUUGUGCCAUCUCAAUAUGGUGACAAAAUUUUUGUUUUUGGUGGAAAACAGUUCACAGUAGUGUCCUUGUCUGAUCCCGAGCAGUCAAAUGAAGGUACAGACUUGUUAUGUAGACUCUUUGAACCUGUAGUAUGCGAUGACUGGCUGCAUUCAGCUGUUUGGAUCAAUAAAGAUGUGAUAGCACUCUUGACAGCUCAUAAUGUAGUUCAGAAAUGGGACAUAAAAGCAGGUACCCUCACAUCUCAGCAUGCAAGCAAGGAUAACUCUAUAUUAUACAGUGGGCUGCUGCUAAAGUUGGAGGAAGAUGUGCUGGUGAUGGCUGGCACUGUCUUCUCUGAGGUUAUCAUUCAUAAGUGUGGGGCUGAGCGACCAUUACAUCAUCUAAAGGGUCAUAAGGGUGUAAUAUUCUCAAUUUCCUGUGAGCCAUCAAGGAAUAUCAUAGUUACAACAUCUGACGACAGAUCUGUAAGGAUAUGGGGUCCAGACAAUGAACCAACACAUCCAGGCACUACUGUAGAAUACUGGAAGGAUACCAACAUAGUUUGUAAGCAUGAGGUUUAUGGACACUUAGCCAGAGUCAUGAGGAGCUGUAUCACAAAUGAUCUAAUCAUCUCUGUAGGAGAAGAUUCAGCUAUAUGCUACUGGGAUUAUGAAGGAAAAUUAUUAAAGAAAGCCCUAACCCACCAGAACGGUUGCAUAUGGUCUGUAGACAGUGAUAACACUACAUUAGUGACUGGUGGAGGUGACUGUGGAGUCAUUUUACAUCCCUUAACCAUAGCCACAGACUAUAGUUAUAAUGAAAUUAUAGAUGUUGGUGUUGCCUCUCCAAAAAAAGUUAUAUUUACAGCCAGAAAAAACCUGCUUGUAAUGGAUGAAAAUGUUUUAGUUUAUUAUGAUUUUAUUAGUAAAGUUAAGAGUACACAUAAAUUGAAUCAUGAUUCUACUUAUAAACUGUUAUCAAUAUCAUCUUGCAAGCAACUGAUUGCUAUAGCAGAUAUGACAGGCAAACUAGAUGUGUUUUUAGAAAAGUGUAAAGAUGAUGCUUUUAUUUUAAAUAUUAUUGAUACUAAAUUACAAUUAGGUAAAAUUUUAUCAAUGCAUUGGGCUGGUAACAGGCACCUUGUAUUUUGUUCUGAUGACGGUAAUGUUUCAGUACUUGCUUCAAAUAAUGCAACAGUAGAAAUUGUUGCUAGAUUUGUGUUACCAUUCUGUAAAGAGAGAUGGCUGACUGCUUCUGCAAUAGAUUCUGGCAGCAAAUACUUCGUAUUGGGAGACAGAUGCGGAAAUAUUCACAUUUUUGUUAAGGAACAAAAAGAUCCUGUCAAAAGCUUUAGCAAAGUGCAUGGGAGGUAUGGUCCCACAUCAAUUAAUAUAGUCAAUAAUGACAUCAUCACUACAGGGAGAGAUGGAACUAUCAUGUACUUUACUAUACAGGGUGAUGGUAUAAAGCGUUUAUCGGCAAAGGACCUUGCUUUCGAAUGGGUCGAAAAGUUUCUGGACAAAGAUCAAAAUCUGGUGUGUGGUUUUCAAGAAAGAGUAUUUGUAGUUUAUAAUAUUAAAGAUAAUUGUAAAGUGAUAGAAACUCCAUGUGGAGGCGGGCACAGGUCUUGGGAUGCUGUCAGAUAUUUUGAAAAAGUAAAUGAAAAAUACGAAGAAUGUAUUAAAUUCGUUUAUUUAAAAGAUGCAGCCAUAAAUAUAACUACAUUUCAACUUAGUAAAAUUACUUCUACAAAUCUAGUCCAUGGAUCACAUGCUAAAGAAAUCAAUUGUUUGAAAGCAUUAAAAUUGAAUGAUGAUGCUGUAUAUAUUUCUGGUGGAGAAGAUACGACGCUUAGAAUAUCUAGUGUCGACGCAGUGAACUUUAAAGACGAAGUCGCUUUCAAACAUUUAUCGAGUAUUCGAACAUUGAAAACACAUGCUAUAGACGACAAUCGGUUUUUAAUUAUGUCAGCAGGGGGAAGAGCCCAAAUAUGUAUCAAAGAUGUACAAAUUCUUAAAGAAAAUGGAACAAUAAGAGUUAAAUCAGAAGAGUUAGUCGAUCAUUUCAUAAGGGGCACUGAUAAGGAGAGGAAAGGUAAUCAGACUUGGAGGAACUGCUCGAUAGAUUUUGAUCCUGAAAUGAGGAUCAUGGACUUGGAUUUGCUAAAAUAUAAAGAUGAUUUCGUAAUAUUUGCUGGCUGCUCCGAUUCACAUCUGAGGGUGUUUUCUUACAAAAAUAAAAGCAAGAAAUUGGAAUUAAUUAACGAAUCUAAGUACCACAAUACUUGUAUACUAAAGACCAAAAUUAUAACAAUUUUAAAUAAAACCACAUUAAUAACUUGCACAACUAGAGGUGACGUCACCAUGUGGGAUAUUUCUGACGUCAUAAAUUGUAAUUUCGAACCAUUCUUCUCAACGAAGACGAACAAAUCCGGGAUAAAUGCUUUAGCUACAGCAAACUUACCUGAAAACCAGCUGCUUGUAGCUACUGGAGGUGACGAUAAUUCCAUCCAUAUAAUUUUACUAGAAAUACCUGAUCAGGAUUACUUGGGCUCUAUGAUUAUGCUAAAUAGCUGGCAGAGCUCAAAUUUCCAUAGUUCUCAGAUAACUGGUUUAUGUUUGGUCGGCAACUAUAUGUUGUCUUCGUCUAUUGAUCAGCGAGUGACGUUGCUCAGCUGGAGUGUGAAAGAGAGAAAUAUAGUCUGUGAGUUCGUCUCACAAACGUCAACAGAUGUCGCUGACGUGCAGGGCAUGGACUUACUAGAAUUUAAUGGGGAUUCAAUAACAGUUUGCGUAUUUGGAAAAGGAAUGGAGGUUAUUAAUGUGCCAACGAAUCAAGAAUAAACAUCACAUACUGGAGUGUUUGGCUGAGUACGCAGAAAGCACGCUUUUUAGAGAAAUCGCUACAUUUGCAAAAAGUACGCGGCAACCACAUCGACCGCGGCCACAAUGUCGUCAACUACAAAAAGGUUAGA